AUGCUUCCUCGAAUGGGGUUCAAGGCCGGGCUUAGACUUUAUUCUAAUGCAACAAAGAAAUUUGUCAUUGCGCCAAAAAGGCAGUCAAACAAGUGGCUUCUUGCGAGCACAUUUGCAGCGAGCUUCGGGGCAGGGUGGUUUGUUACGCAACACAUGACAUUCGCGGACGUGCUAGCCAAAUGGAUGUAUGACAACGUACCCGAGAAUGAUGAAGGGCUGAUGAAAUACAAAGCUCAGCUAAACAGUCGGUUGGAGAAUAUGAGCGUCGUGAAACAGCUCAAGGCGGUUGGGUAUUCAGAGGUCUACCCCCAGAGGAAAAAGAGCAACACUCUCAUAGACGAGACAUUGCGCGCGCCCGGCGGGAUCACAAUUGCUCCGAGGUUUUUUUAUAACCCAAGGACGAAAGAGACCGUGGGCGUGUACCAUUUGGGAAUGAAGCUUACGGGCUACCCAUUUCUAGUUCAUGGCGGAAUCCUAGCUACAGUGAUGGAGGAUUUAAUGAGAGAGAGCGUGAUGUUCGCAAAAGGGACCGCUACAGAAAAGACCAAGGACAUCACACUGAGCUACAAGUUCCCAACAUUCGCAAACCAAUUUGUGGUGGUGCGCAUCACUGAAGUUGAAGAACACGGAAAAAACGUCAAGCUCCGCGCUGAAAUCAUGGACCAAAGCGGCGACCGGACGCUAGUGAAAGGCAAAGGCAGCUUUUCCACGUAG